AUGUUCGGAGGUAUACGAAAACGCAAGCGAGAUGUAUUCCAUUACACAGAUAGAAAGAGUGGCGUUGGAUACUCGGACUUUUCAACAACAGUGUACGACCAUCGGCCGUAUAUCUGGCCACCACUUCGGAAGUUUUUACGCUACGAAAUGAUCUUCUGCAGUAUCGCUUUAGUACUAAUAUUUCUUGAUUAUGAAUGGAUCAUGGAACAGUUCAAUUCAAUGGCAAAAGGUGUAAAACCACAGGCAUCCCAGUUGAACGAAGAGGAGCUUGAUGUUUCUACCGAAUCCAAAAGCCCGGAUGGUGCAGAAGCAAAGGAAAAGCAGCCAGAAAAGCCGAAAAAGAAGAAAAUAGGAUUUCGUGAGCGUCGAAUAAUUGAAUAUGAGGAUCGUAUCCGCAUGUACUCCACACCUGAUAAAAUAUUCAGAUACUUCGCUACACUCAAGGUAAUUGAUAAAAGCGAUGAGUCAGGAAGGACGUUUGAGGUGUUCAUGACGCCUGAAGACUUUCUGAGAUCAUUCACACCUGGAGUUAUGCAGCCAAGAAAAUAUGGUUUGGACAGCUACAAAAUUUAUCAACCUGAAAAGCACAGAUACAAAUUUUCUGACAAACGAAGUAUUUUCUACAAAUUGGGUGAAAAUGGUUUGAUAAGCUUCAGUGACUACUUGUUCCUGAUGACUUUGCUGUCUACAUCACCUAACGAUUUUGCUCUUGCAUUCAAAAUCUUCGAUAUAAACGGUGACGGUGCCCUCGAUAAAGAAGAAUUCCUCAAAGUUCAGCAUCUUAUUAUGUCACAAACUACCGUGGGACAGCGCCACCGCGACCACAUUACGCCCAACUCUUCAUUCCGAGUGGAAUCAAAUUCGGCUCUCGAACACUACUUCUUUGGACAUGAUGGGAAGAACAAACUUUCGGCAGAGAAAUUCCUCGAAUUCCAAGAGAACUUGUACAGCGAUAUCCUGCGAAUGGAAUUUGAGAGAAGGGACGCACUGGAUGGUGUCGAUGGUCUCAUUGGUGAAGCGAGUUUUGGGGAACUAUUACUCAUGCAUGCGCAAAUUCCUGAAAAACGACAAAAGUUGAUGUUAAAGCGACUGAAAAAGAAAUACAAGAAUGGGCAAGGAAUCUCUUUUGAAGAAACUCGCGCUUUCUUCCAAUUCCUCUAUCACAUUGAAUCCGUCGACAUGGCUUUGCAUUUUCACCGCAUGGCAGGUCUCCCGAUCGAUGCAAGCUUGUUGAAAAGGGUUGCUCGAAAAAUAACUAAUGUAGAACUCAGUGAUCACGUAAUUGAUGUUGUUAUAACGCUCUUUGAUGAUAAUAUGGAUGGAAAGUUGUCAAACAAUGAGAUGAUCGCGGUGAUGCGACGACGAAUGCGUCGAGGACUGGAAAGGCCUCGAGAUACAGGACUCUUCCGCUUGGUCGACGCACUUGCAGUCUGCGGUUUACGCGCAUAUCAAGCUAGCCCUUUAGCUUUUCAAUGA